CCUCCCGUCCCAUAUAACACCUCCUCCCCCAUCUUCUCAUCUCUCCACUGCUUCUGCACCGUCCCCCUCCCCAUCAACAUGCCCUUCAAACCCGGCCCACGACACAAAAACACAAAUUCCAAGGGAGAAACCAUCUUUGAAUGCACAUGGGAAGGCUGCACCAAGAAGUUUGGCACUGCCGGCCAUGUCCGAAGACAUGAGAAGACUCACGUCGGAAGCACCCCUUACCCCUGCCCCCACUGCCACAAGGCCUUUGGCCGCAGUGAUGUAAGGUCAAAGCAUGUCAAUACCAUGCAUCGCGACGAGGACCACGACGUCGGUCAUGAUGACCGUGACGAGCUCGAUGGAAGCAGCGUAGAUGAGCCACCACGAAAAAUACGCAAGCACUCUCUAGAUACAAGUAUUUCGAAUCUCGCAGGCCUCAGUACUCAACCUCCCCCGCAACGCAGAGCCUCUGCGGCAUCUACCCUCUCGUCGUCCUAUUCUGAUGAGCCGACGUCAUUAGCAAUGCCACCCUUCGCGAGCCCCAUCAUCUUUUCGUCUCACCCCUGCAGAUCCAACAUUCAUAUCCACCCUGAUACCCCUCCGGCAAACAUUCUUCCGGCUUUCCACGGUGACCUGUUGAGCUCUGACAGCUCGAGAUCAUCGACUGCUUCUCUGUCGUCUUCGGGGAAUACCAUCACCCCUCUACCAUCUAUCAUGUCUACCAACAGUAUUCCUGGCACGGGAUAUGUCGACCCUGCAAAUUUGAACAUGAUUGAUCCAGUCAUCACCGACGAGCUUCCCAUGUACAGCGCACAGCCUCUGCCAGAUCCAUCCACCGAUCUGCUCACUUUUGAUCCCAACUGGGAAUGGUUCGGCCAGCUGUUUGGCUGGGGUAGCGAUCGGGACAUUGAUCUGGACAUUGGCAUACAGACCAGUCUUCUUCAGAAAGACACUAUCGGCCACGGCAGCUCGACCGAUACACUCAGCGCUGCGUGGCUACUCUGUUCAACCCCGCGGGCAACGACCCCCGUUUCAGACAUGAAGCCGCAGGAUGGAUCGAUAGAGACUGAGGGUCGAAGAGAAGAAGGUCCAUGGCCGAAUGUCUUUAAACCCAAUGUUCCAGAUCGCCCUCUCAAAGUCAAGAACGUCACAUUUCCCCGGCCCAACACCGGCCCAGGAUUCGUUUCCCAGUCCUCCCGCAACGCCAUGCUCUCUAUGAUCUACCUCUCUCAUCAACCGCAAUGGCUCAUGCCCGAAGUCGACGACUUUCCAGAUCACGAUACCCUUUCGCAUUUCGUGGAUAAUUAUUUUGAACAUUUUCAUCCCAUCUUUCCUAUCAUACAUAGACCGACAUUUGUCUCGGAAGAUAUACCCGCGGUACUUCUGCUCUCUGUGGCCGCUAUAGGUGCCAACUUUUCGGGGCCAGAGUACAGCUCAUUGGCUGUGGCGCUUUGCGAGCUUGCUAGACGCAUGAUUACUUGGGUCCGAGGAAGCGACCAAAGAGCCAAAUUCGACCACAACCUUUUACUCGCGUUCACCCUUCAGACUGCUCUCGGAUGCUCUUGCGGCUCGCGCGAAAUGUUCUAUCACGCCGAAAUCUUUCGCUGCAGUAUCGUCACCACCUGCCGCCGGUUACACCUGCUGCGUGGCCUCGAUACUGCUACCGAGGAGCUCUAUAUGAAGGGGAGCAAUCCAAGUGUGGAAGAGAGAUAUAAGGCUUACCUGAGUGAUGAACGGAGGAGACGUUUGGGAUGGGGUGUUUACCUCCUCGACGCCCAGAUGACCGCCCUCUUGUCCCUCCCGCCCAUAUUCACAGUGACGGAAGCUCGAAUCGUUCCUCCUUCCGAAGAAUCUCUGUGGAACGCCCCCAACGCGAACGCUUGGGCUGCUAUCAUCCAACGAGGCGAAGCUGUAGACCCGCGCAUUUCGACCCGACCCAAAUUUUCCAGACUGCUGACCAUGUGUCUGGCCGGAGACAGCAUCAGCAUCAAGAUGUCUGAUUUCACGCUGACAUUGUUCACCUUUACCGCUUGGAGAAUGCUUUUUGACCAGAGACUACUGCAAAAGGCGCUGGGAGUUGGAAUGUCGGAGAAUGGGAUGGAUAUGCCAUCUCAGCCGGCCGACUGUCACAUUGUCGACAGCCAACCCGGCCUCCUACUCACCCGCCUCGCGACAGCCUCCAUGUCCUCCCGAUCUCCCUCUCACUUUCGCGUAAUUCCUUCCUCUGUCUAUCACCACGCUCAAAUGUUUUUCACCCGUCCGGGCCUCCUCCAACGCAUGAAACAUGUCUCGGGGAAAUAUGAACCGGAUAUGACGCAGGAGGGGUCGUUGAUCUGGUUGAAGACGUGGAUGGCAGAUGGGAAGGAGGUGCGCAAAGUGCUUUGGCAUGCCGGGGUACUUGGAGCGUUACUGGUGGAGUUUCCAAGAAACUCGGCGGCAGACAUGUUCUUGACAUUCGACUGCGCCCUGAUGUUCUGGGUCAUUCUGAAAUACGCCCCUCAUCAGUUGGUGUCCUCAACGGCCGAAUCAGUCUUCUUUGAAGCCAAGUGUACCUCUUCACAGAGCAACUCGGCGACCUUUACUGAUGUACGCUGCACAGGGUUCGAUAUCAUCCCGCCUGACAUGUGGAUAGCCCACGGUGGCUCAAUAAACUUCCCCUUCCUUGGGUCAUCUGCCACAUGGACCAUCCCGGCAAUAUUGAGACAUUUCAUGGAGAGGCUGAGCAAGAUGCCGUGGGGUUUAGCACUGCAGAACAAGCUUGUGCUGGAAAAGCUGCUGGUUAGUGAGCUGAAGGAAGAAGAUGAGAAGAAAGGGGAUGUGUAGUGGGUAUUGUUUGAUAGUUGUCAUAAUGUGUGCUUUAGUUUCCCAAGGUAUGUAUAUAUGUAUCGAUAGUCGCCCA